AUGUUUGAAGAAGGUGUAUUCCUGCUGCACGGUGAAUUCUCCGGAACGUUUUUCGAAAUAAAUUUUUUCGCGCUCUUUUCAUUUUUGGUCGCAAUUUCGCUGUGUAGCGACUCAGUAAUUCAUUUUUUAGCAUGCGCGUCAAUACUCAGCGCGCUUAACUACAGUAGUCAAGUCACUGAUAUUGAAGAAACGAACACAAAAACAAGAAUAUGUCAUCAGUGGUUUAACACUCGCAUUCGUCAGUAUAUGAUUUUGGAAAUCUUCUUUGUAAUAUCUCUGAUUAUGAUUCUCUCCAGGUUUCAAACUAUAUCUAAUCAGAACGAGCGGGUUUUGGAAAUGGUUAAAUCAAUGCAGUCUCAAAUUGGUACUAUGGAAAGAAAAUUAGAUUCGCUAGUUUUUCUAAAAUCAAAUCAAGAAAUAAACCAGUUUGAGGGUACAAUUGCUGAUGCACUCAAGAAUAUUAAAUUUCCAACACAAGAUUCAUCAGACAAAGUGGGGCCAAUCAUCAUUCCGCAAAUAAACCGAUCCAUAUCUAAAACUGAGGAGAGUGAUCUCAAAAUUCCUAUCCCCAAAGAACAAUUCAGAUUAAAUGCAGCUGAUUUUAUAAAGGGAGCAUCUGUGGACAUUGCUCAUUCUUCCAGUUCAAGUUUGAAUCCAAUAACUGGAUAUGAUCAAACUAAUCUUGUUUUACUUGAUCGUCUUCAAUCACCAUCCGAUAAAGCGUGGUGUACAAAUGCGGAGAAUCCAGUACUCACUAUCAAUUUGGCCAAGUAUAUCAAAUCAAUUUCUGUAUCAUAUCAACAUUCUAAAUGGCAUAGAAUAAUUCCGAAUGGGUCUCCCAAAACAUAUGAUGUAGUGGCCCGCCGGGCCGGGCCGGGCUCGGGCCGUGCCGGGCCAUGCCUCCGAAAUUCCGAAAAAAGCCCGGCUCGUUACAAGUAUGCUGUACAGUACUCUAUGAAAAUAAUUGUUGCUCCGAUUGUCCCGAAUGCUGCGAAGUAUGUUUGA